CUAUCCACAGGUGCACCAGCCGUGAUGCAGCAGCCACGAGUGGAGACGGAUCCCAUCGGGGCCGGCGAGGGGCCGCAGCGGGCGGUCCCCUGGUCCGUCUGGGUCACCCGGCAGGGCUGGGUGCGCUGGUGGGUAUGCCACGUGCCCCAGAGCUGGGCCCAGUGGUGGACCACAUCAGGUUUGCGGCAACCCCUGCAGCGCGUGCUGUGGGGUCUGGAGGGGAUACUCUACCUGCUGCUGGCUCUGAUGCUGUGCCACGCACUCUUCACCACCGGUACCCACCUGCUCAGCUCCCUCUGGCCUGUGGUGGCUGCCAUGUGGCGCCAUCUGCUGCCUGCCAUCCUGCUGCUGGUGCUAAGUGCCCUGCCUGCCUUGCUCUUCACGGCCUCCUUCCUGCUGCUCUUCUCCACACUGCUGAGCCUCGUGGGCCUCCUCACCUCCAUGACUCACCCAGGCCGUGCUCAGGACUUGGACCAAUAG